CCCCUCACCUACCUCUCUCUCAAAUCUCACAACAGCUUCCCUAUUUUCCCCCUUCACCUAAUUCUUCGUCUUCAUCUUCUUGAUUCAUACGUAUAUGGUAAUCUCUCUUCCAAUUUUUGUUGCUCUUCUGCUCAAUAAGGCAACAGAAGCUUGGUGACAAGAUAGAGUAUUGUUUCAGCUCUUUCUGAUUUUAAAAGGACAAAGUUUUUCUUGUGGUGUUUGGUGGAGUAGAAACUGUAAAUGGAGGCUAGAGUUUCGCAGAGCCUUCAGUUGUCGUCAUGGAUUAAAUCGGAUAAGGUAGUAAGGAAACCCGGUGGUUGCUUGCGUUUCUCUGUGAAAUGGAAUGAAAAACUGAUGCAUCGUACAGUCAUAUCCUGCCAUUUACAGCCUAGAAAAGCUAAUAGACGAGUAGCAUUGAAGGUUUCAUGUUCUUCUCAUAAUGUUCAAGCUUCAGUUCUGGAGUCUGAAUGUAUUACUGCAUCAACUGAUGAAAUCGAGACAUUGAAGAAUAAAUCAGAAGAGGUUGAAGAAUAUCUAGAUGGACGAUGUAUUUACCUCGUUGGAAUGAUGGGCUCAGGCAAAACAACUGUGGGCCGGAUUUUGGCAGAAACACUGGGAUAUUCCUUUUUUGACUGUGAUAGGCUGAUAGAGCAGGCUGUUGGUGGAACUACUGUAGCUGAAAUCUUCAAGCUCCAUGGAGAGAGCUUCUUUAGGGACAAUGAGACGGAGGUAUUGCACAAGUUGUCUGCGAUGCAUCGGCUUGUUGUUUCAACAGGUGGAGGUGCAGUUGUUCGUCCCAUUAAUUGGAGACAUAUGCACAAGGGUAUUAGUGUUUGGUUAGAUGUUCCUUUAGAUGCUUUGGCCAAGAGAAUUACUGCUGAAGGAACUAAAUCUCGCCCCCUAUUACAUGAAGAAUCAGGAGACAUUUAUGAUAAGACUUUGAAGCGGUUAACUACUUUAAUGGAGACAAGGGGUGCAAAUUAUGCCAAUGCAAGUGCCAGGGUUUCACUAGAAAAUAUUGCAGUGAAAAAGGGAAAAGAUGUCUGCCAUAUUACACCUACUGAAAUUACUCUAGAGGUUCUUAUACAAAUUGAGAACUUAAAGAAACAAGAGAGCGUAGUUGUGCUAUAAGAUUUUUUACCUCCCAAAUGGGGGCGAGCCAGGCAGGCGGUUUGGUGCUCUGCUUUGAUGUUUGCUUUCUUGACGAGGAGACAAGGCCAAGUUUUUUGGUGUUUGAAACACUUUGAGGAAUUAGUAAUGUUUUUCUAUUAUGCACUGGAUAUCUAAUUGUACAUAAUCAAAAACCAUUUGUUGGAAGGUGGAACUGUAGUGUAUCUUAAACCUUCAAUUGUUGUAUACUAAAAACGAGAAUGCAGUAAUUUAUUUGUUAUUUUAAAGUGUCUAACAGAAUUAAGUA